UCGAAAACAGAGAGCCGAAAGCUGAAACUUAUCCACCGCUUUCCUUUUCCUCUUCUAGUAAAAAGCUCAACAUGAUUAUAAGAAGCAAGCAAGAAUCUGCAAAUUCUCUUAUCUUCUCCAUAAAUCUACCUACAGAUUAGAGCUCAGGAUUUUUCUCUUGCUAUCAGCCAUUCUCACGGAGCUGCGUUAAAGCUUUUUUGUGAUCUAUAUAUCUAUCGCGGAGCUUGUUUAGAGGAAAUGAUACUUUCGGCUCUGUUAACAUCGGUUGGGAUCAAUCUUGGACUAUGUGUUUCGUUUUUCACACUCUAUUCUAUAAUCAGGAAGCAACCCGGAAAUGCUUUUGUCUAUUUUCCUCGUUUGGUUGACAAGCAGAAAUCUGAAGGGCAAGGAGAUGAAUUCAAUUUCGACAGGCUUUUGCCUUCUGCUGAUUGGGUGAGAAGAGCAUGGCAACUCUCUGAAGAAGACCUCUUGUCAAGCUCUGGUUUGGAUGGUCUAGUUUUCGUGCGUAUUUUCGUAUUCAGUCUCAAAGUGUUUACAUUUGGUGGGAUUAUCGGGACAUUCGUUCUUCUUCCAGUUAAUUAUCUUGGGAAGCAGCUCAGCAUUGAUGAUUUUUAUGAUCUACCAAAGAAGUCUUUGGACUCUUUCAGUAUCUCCAAUGUUGACAACGGUUCAAACUGGUUAUGGAUUCACUUUUCUGCUGCAUAUAUUUUUACAGGAGUUGUCUGCUAUCUUCUUUAUUGUGAGUAUAGUUAUAUUUCAUCAAAAAGAAUUGCUUGCUUCUAUUUAUCCAAGCCUCAGCCUCAUCAAUUUACCAUAUUAGUCCGUGGCAUCCCUUCCUCAUAUGGAAGGAGCUUUAGUGAAAUAGUUGAGAGCUUUUUCACAGAGUAUCAUCCUUCUACUUACCUUUCACAUUCGGUGAUUCAUCAAACUAGCAAAAUUCGAGGUCUCAUUAAUGAUGCAGAUAAGCUGUAUAGAAGGCUUGCACACAUUAAAUCAGAAAAUCGUACUAAGCAAAAUUUUAAACGUGACGGCUUUUUGGGACUCUUUGGACGUAAAGUUAAUCUUUUAGACCACUACGAAAAGAAGUUGGAAGAUAUGGAAGAUAAUGUGAGAAUGGAGCAAAACUCAAUGGCAGAAAAGGAAGUUGCAGCUGCUUUUGUAUCAUUCAACUCACGUUUUGGUGCUGCAAUAGCUCUUCACAUCCAACAAGGGGUCAAUCCCACAGAGUGGGUCGUUGAGCAAGCUCCUGAACCUCAGGAUGUACACUGGCCUUUCUUUUGUGCAUCUUUCAUAAGAAGAUGGAUAUAUGAGCUGGUUGCAGCUGUUGCCACUGUUGCUCUCACAAUUAUGUUUCUUAUUCCCGUUGUAAUAGUGCAGGGUCUUGCUAACCUGAAUCAGUUGGAGACCUGGUUUCCAUUUCUGAAAGGCAUUCUUAGUCUAACUGUUGUCAGUCAACUUAUUACGGGAUAUCUGCCUAGUCUAAUUCUUCAUUUGUUCCUUUUUUUUGUGCCGCCCAUUAUGAUAUGGUUUUCCUCCAUGCAAGGAUACGUUUCCCUCAGUCAAAUAGAAAAAAGUGCUUGUACCAAGUUGCUAUACUUUACCAUAUGGAACAUUUUUUUUGCAAAUGUACUAUCAGGAUCAGCUUUCUAUCUGGUCAAUGUCUUCCUUGAACCCAAAAACAUUCCCAGGGUGCUAGCGGAAGCUGUUCCAGCUCAGGCAUCGUUCUUCAUUUCUUAUGUUGUGACGUCGGGAUGGACAAGUCUAUCAUCAGAGCUAGCUCGAUUAUUUCCUCUGCUUUGCAGCUUUAUCAAAAAACUAUGUGCCAGAAGAGAUGGUGACAAAUUUGAGGUCCCAGCAAUUCCAUACUACAGUGAAAUUCCCAGUGUCCUCUUCUUUGUACUUCUUGGUGUAACAUAUUUUUUCCUUUCUCCGCUAAUUCUGCCAUUUCUCCUGAUUUAUUUUUGCCUGGGAUACAUCAUCUUCCGUAACCAGCUGUUGAAUGUAUAUGCACCCAAGUAUGAAACUGGUGGAAAUUUUUGGCCUGUCGUGCACAAUUCCACAAUUUUUUCGUUGAUACUGAUGCAUGUUAUUGCAAUUGGGAUAUUUGGACUCAAGAAGCUGCCUCUGGCUUCCAGUUUAACAAUUCCUCUUCCAGUUCUCACACUUCUAUUCAAUGAGUACUGCAGGAAAAGGUUCCUACCCAUGUUUAAAGCUUAUCCUACUGAGUGUUUGAUAAAGAAAGAUAGGGAAGACCAAAAUGAGCCAAAUAUGCGUGAAUUCUAUGAUAAUUUGGUCACUGCUUAUCGUGACCCAGCACUGAUGCCAGUCUGGUAUGCCAGAAAUGGUGACACUCACAACUCGCCUCUUCUGCAUUCGGAACCUUGAAGGCCUCCGGCUGUUGUUUUCUUGAGUCGCUGUAUAACUCCUGUGAAAUGUGUAUAUUAGCAAUAAAUCGGUGUGCAAAUCGCCAAGGUUUCUGGGACUACGGGCCUUUUUUUUGUAGCACAAGGUUAUAGUAGCAAUUCAAUUUGUUUAGCUUAUGAUUGAUUUCA